AUGUCCGAUGAUAAUUUGUCACCAAGACCCUCACGUCCUGGCCUUCCCAAGGCUUCCGAGCACUCCAUACUGACACCUUCCUCCUCGGUGGAGGAUGGCAAAUCACAGGAAGAUGAGAGUUCGCAGAACGAAUCUCUGUCUGAUGUUGAGGAUGAGUCUUCAGAGUCUAUGGACGACUUAGAGUUUCUAGACUUUGAGGAUGGGGACUCUGAGGAGGAGUACCUGAAGGAAGACGAGUUUUGGGAUGAAGAAGCAUUAUUGCAGAGGGAAACGUAUCUGUUUCAAGCAACAUGUAUGGAAGAGAAUGCAUUUCUAAGAGAAAAGAAGCUUCAGAAGCAUCUGGAAGAUGAACUCAAGAUAGACACCACAUCAAGCCUGCUCGACGUUAAUGUAAGGAGCCCAGUUCUAAGUCCCUCUCAAGGAACCCAUCUGACUAUCUCUUCUACCGGCUCCACACAUGACCUCAAGUUUGCCACAUCUUCCUACUACAGUUUGCCAGGAGUCUCUGUCGCCCUAAGAGAUCAGAGCAGUCAGACAGAAUGGGCCUACAAGAGCAAGUCGGGACUAUCCUUAAGAUCCAAAACAAGACUGGAUCAAGACUCCUCCCUGUUAAUCUAUUCGAAAUCUGACUUGGAAGACAGCUUCCAUCAAGGGGCCUUCUGGGACACACUCAUGAAUGAACCUUUCGACAAGCAGGAAGAGGGAACCUUUGAGUCUCUUCCCAGCACCUACCAGUCUGUGUUUAGGGAGAUACUCCGGGAGCUGGCAAUCCAGGGUGAACUGGAAGAUGACGUGGACAUACCCCUGAGUAAGCUGAUGGAAGGUGACAACAAGAAGAAGCUGGGAGCUUUGUUGAAGAAAAAUUUUGAAAAGUACAGAGAAACAAUUAUGUGGAUUAUGAAACAACGUGAAGCUGGCCAGAGGAUCCCAGAGAGGGCCAUCACCAUUACAUACUUAAUAUCCACUCUGCAACCACCCGAGAAGCCUGAGGAAAAGAUAGUCGUAAGCCGUCAUUCCCUCACGUGGAGAUUACAUCUAGACCACAAAUGGACACAGGCAAGGAUGAAGGUACAUCAAAGUGAUGGAAAAAUAACUGCCUACCACAGUGGGAAGAGCUUCCAUAUUUUCUUUCCUAAUGGCACAGGCCAGAUAUACUAUCCAUCAGGGAACCUGGCUCUGCUCAUCUCCUGCAAAGGAGUGGAGAAACUUACUUACAUUGUUCUGGAAGACUCUGCACGUAGAAAGAUCCGAGGCCUUGUUACUAACUCUGGCCAUGCCACCUUCUACAAUGAGGAUGGAGAGAUCUGGUUGAGCCUGAGCAAACUCCUGGGCUAUUACUUCCCCAAAGGCAAGCGGCAGAAGGCCUGGAACUGGUGGGACAUGAGCGUACACGUGCAUGCGCCCCCUUUCAUGUGCAUCACCCUGAAACUCAACAAGUACAUCCAUGUACAAAUAAGGAGCCAGGACAAGGUCAUCUUCUGCUUCUUUGCCCCCAAACAGAGGCGGAUUUGUUUAAACAUGGGCACCAAGUUCAAGCAUAUUAACUCAAAAGUGCGUGAAGCCUUGAUGCAGAGGGUGGUCCUGGAGACAGACCCCCGCCCAACAUUAUGGAAGAUCCAGUUCCUUCUGGAGAAAAUAACCAGGACUCUGAGUUUCCUGACACUGUCUGAUUUGGAAGACUUCAUAGCAGUGGUCCAGGUGGUGCUCAGGGACCUCAGUGCAAAGAAAUCUCGAAUCUGGUCUUAA